CAGAGUAUCACCGAAGCGGGACUCGCGCCUUCUCUCAUGCGCUGCGCCAUGAAAAGACCUAGAAGAAAAAGCAACGCAGCCAUACAGCCACACUGGGGAGCAGCGUCCAUUCCACGGGCCACGCCACAGCCGUAUGUUAUUAAGGUCCAGCGGCUUCCCCGUAAUUAGGGCUCUCGUCUUCUCCACUAAUAAUCUCCCACCCCCUGUGGCUGUGGGGACCCAUUGAUGCGAGCUCUGACUGCAAGCUUUUCUCCCCUAUAUCCAGCUUUGGUUCUUGACUUUGAUCACCCCUGCCCCACGCACCGUUCCUUGACCUACCAACAAGUGGAGGUCGCUGUCGGAAGGCUUUAUUCAAUUCGCAGUCUGACGUUUCGGCGCUGCCCACCUCUCGUUUUCUUCCACCGUUAUUCUGUCGAAACAGCUGUUUGGAGGACGGUAAAGCAUGGCGGAAUCGGACCGCACAAAUGAUCCAUGGAUGAACACAGGCGAUCAAUCUUCCGUGGUCAGAUUGAACGGACACGAUACGUUGACAAUCGAAUCGGCAGUCGAUGUUACCGAGAGGCUUGGAUCAUCCGACGUGCAGCCUCGCCCUUUGAAGAGCAGUUCUUCUGAUGACAAGUUAGGGUUCGCGGAGAGGGCAGCCUCUGCUGCAGGCGCUGCCUUUCUGUCGGCGAUCAUAGUUAAUCCUCUCGACGUUGUGAAGACGAGGUUGCAAGCACAGGCUGCAGGAGUAUGCUAUUCGCAUCCACUAAGCAACCUUACCAGUCGAAUGGCAUGUUUUGGACCUAACAUGAUGUUUGCAGAUUUAAGGUGUUCGCCUUCUUGCACACGAGCUGGGAUUCAUGGCACUGUUUCAAUAUGUCCUCCCGACUGUUUCCAAUACAAAGGCACCCUUGAUGUUUUCUACAAGAUUAUUCGACAGGAAGGAUUUGCGAGGUUGUGGAGAGGCACAAAUGCUGGUCUUGCACUGGCUGUACCAACGGUGGGAAUAUACCUACCCUGUUACGACAUAUUCCGCAACUCUUUGGAGGAACUCACUUCUCAGACUGAUUCUGGCCUGAAACCAUAUGUUCCUUUAAUUGCGGGAUCAUUGGCACGCUCUUUGGCUUGUGCUUCAUGCUAUCCCAUCGAACUUGCCCGAACUCGCAUGCAGGCAUUUAAAGCAACUCAAAUUGGAAAGAAGCCUCCCGGUGUCUGGAAGACUUUGUUUGGCAUUGUCUCAGAUGUUAAGCCGACAAAUAACUCCCGGAACAGUUGGCAAGGAUAUCGGGUCCUUUGGACAGGCAUGGGGGCACAGCUUGCUCGAGAUGUUCCCUUUUCUGCAAUCUGUUGGUCAUCUCUCGAACCUACUAGAAGAAAGCUCCUCAGCAUUGUGGGUGAUGAAGCCAAUGCAGCAAGCGUUCUUGGGGCGAACUUUUCUGCCGGGUUUCUUGCCGGAAGUCUUGCUGCUGCUACUACGUGUCCUCUUGAUGUUGCUAAAACGCGGAGGCAGAUAGAGAGGGAUCCGGCCCGAGCCUUGAGAAUGACUACAAGGCAAACUCUAGCAGAGAUCUGGAGGGAUGGAGGCCUGAGAGGUCUCUUUACUGGAGUGGGUCCACGAGUUGCUCGUGCAGGCCCUUCAGUCGGGAUCGUGGUCUCCUUUUAUGAAGUAGUGAAGUACGCUCUACACACUAGAUAUGCAGACUCUUGAUGGAAUCAUUUAUGCUGCAUAAUCUUCUUCUAACGUCACUGUCAAAAAUGCUAGCUUCCCUGAGAGAGCAGCACAAAGCUGUUUCUGCACAAUAAAUUCGACUGACAGAUCGAUGAGUUUGGAGAAACUUGAAAGGGUUUCGAUGAUAAAUCGUAGAAAGGUUUUUGACUUGGCGAUGAAGAUCUCGGAUUUUUUUGGGUGGUAUUGCGGAUUAACUCUGCAAUUUUCCCCUUUUCCCUUUGAUGGGUUUGAGUUUUGUUUACAGCUUUAACUUAAUACUUAUGGCAAAAAUUUUGUAGACUAUUUAGAAUUCUUAUUCCUUGUCAGUACAGCAAGUUUUCUUGCGAGGAUUCGGCAUGUUUCGAUUAAGCAUAGUGUAAAUUUCCCCGUGCAUUGCACGGACCUGAAGUUCAUUGUUUAAUAUAUUUUCUCAAUUCUUGGUUGCAUUAA